AUGGCCACCGAUGGGCUUUACGAAAAACGUCCCGAGACGCGUUCUGCUGCGAUAAAGUCACUUCAAAAAGCCUUUCGAGUGCACUACCUCAUGGUAGACGAUUGCUGGAACUACUACGACACACUCAUAUCGGGCCUUGAGAGCUGUAUGAAGCGGGGAAAACCCACGGAACAGGCACUUUCGGCCGAAUGCCUCUCCGUUUUCGCCGCGCAACUCUCGCCCUUUGAGAUUCGCGGCCUAGUAUCUCGUUUCCAACCACUAAUGGAGACUCGAAUUUCCGACCCGGUGGAAAAUUGUGCUUUUAGAGGAGCCUGUGCGUUGUCACUGGCUUGGCUAAUGUUCCUCGGCAACAUCGACGACUAUGUCAGUAUGAAGGCACUAAUGAAGUCUCUUGAGAGCGUUUUCAAAAUGUCCUGUCUAAAAGGCGACGGAAAACCACCAGUACAUUCGCCUGCAGUGUUGGCUAUGCAUUGUGAUUGCAUUCAGGCUUGGUGUCUCCUAUUUUCAGCCCUUCCUACCUUCGAAGCGGAUACUGUUGGUCAAGCCAUUCUAGUGACCCUCGUUAGUCUUCUCGAGUCGAACAGCGUUGAUGUGCGCCUAGCUGCAGGCAAUGCAGCCGGUCUAAUUUUUGAGCGUAUCCGCUACGAGGUCAAUGAAAAGUUUAAAGGCCCAUACUUCACCAACCUGAUAGAACUCCUAGAUCAACUUGCGAACGAAUCCAACAAGUCGAAGUCCAAAAACGACCUCAAAAAGCAACGGCAAACAUUCAGGGACCUAGCAGCAUUCCUCAAAACGCACGAAGUCCCCUUUGAACAGGUGAUCAAGAUCCAGUCGGAGCGUCUACAGAUCGAGUCAUUUUGCCAAUCCUUUCACUACGAUUCGUUAUGCCGGUUAUUGUCGGUAGGUAUGAAUACACAUUUGCAGGAAAACGAGUUGACGCGGACGAUUCUGGGCAUGGGACCACCGCCACCCAAAGUAGUCGCCAAUCAAGCCAGACGAACUCAAGACAAAGCAGCACGGCAUUACGCCAACCAGUUUGCCUUCAAAAUGCGCACACAGCACCUCAACGUCUCGCGUGAUAAGAGGAAUGUUGUCGCCGGAGAUGAGAGCAAUUAG